AUGGCAGAGUUGACUCUUUUCACGGAGACCCGCCUGCCUCACCAGAGAUCGUACGGCGGCGUCCUCACCCCUUCGGUCCUAGUUCCGAACGCUGGGAUUCGACCCUCUCCCUCUCUUCUGACCCAAGCCAUCAAGACCCAGAAGCCGUACCUCGAGUCUCUGAUCAACAAGGCCGGGGCUCUGCUGCUCCGGGGCUUCCCGGUGAACUCCGCUUCUGACUUCAGCGACGUGGUCGGGGCGUUCGGGUACGAGGAGCUGCCUUUCGUCGGGGGAGUUGCCCCGAGGAACAAGGUCGUAGGCCAGGUUCUCACGGCCAACGAGUCGCCGCCCGAUCAGAAGAUCCCCUUCCACCAUGAGAUGGCUCAGGUUCCUGAAUUCCCAUCCAAGUUGUUCUUCUUCUGCGAAGUUGAACCGGGGAGCGGCGGAGAGACGCCUAUUGUGCUCAGCCAUGUCAUCUACGAAAGGAUGACGGAGAAGUACCCGGAUUUCGUGCGGCAGCUGGAAGAGCACGGAUUGAUCUACACUCGGGUACUAGGGGAAGAGGACGAUCCCUCUUCCCCGAUCGGCCGCGGAUGGAAAUCGACAUUCUUGACCGAUGACAAGAGCUUAGCCGAGAAAAGAGCUGCUCGGUUGGGCAUGAAGCUGGAAUGGACAGGAGACAGCGUCAAGACCAUCAUGGGUCCGAUCCCAGCAAUCAAACUUGACAGGUCGCGGAACCGCAAGAUCUGGUUCAACAGCAUGGUGGCAGCGUACACUGCCUGGGAAGACGCAAGGAACGACCCCGUGAAGGCAGUGACCUUUGGCGACGGCAAUCCCUUGCCCAGCAACGUGGUGCACGACUGUCUCAAGAUCCUCGAAGAAGAGUGCGUCGCGAUUCCCUGGAAGAAAGGCGACAUCUUGGUGCUGGACAACUGGGCCGUCCUCCAUUCUCGGAGGUCGUUUGAUCCGCCACGCCGUGUGUUGGCUUCACUUUGCAAGUGAAUCACAGGCACUCGGCUUUCGCACUGGGAUAGAGAGGUGAUGAGCAUGAGCUAUGUAGCACAUCAACUGGACAAUUCUAGUGCAUAAUCAAUCCCUGAUCUCAGCCAUGAUGGUUGGUGCAUAUGAUCAUCACUUGAGAUUGUACAUAUAAUUGAUCUACAAUAAAGAUAUUGGCAUGGUCCUUCAA